AUGGCACGGGCCAGGGAAGAAGCAGGGGACAGCCAGUUGGUGUCUGGUUGUGAGCCAUCACCACAUAUCAUCAGGGUAUCUGUCAAGACUCCACAGGACUGUCAGGAAUUUAUGCUGGCAGAAAAUAGCAGCGUCCGCCAUUUUAAGAAGCAGAUCUCCAAACGCCUUCACUGUGACACUGACCGGCUGGUGCUCAUCUUCACUGGAAAGAUCCUCAGGGAUCAAGACAUACUGAGCCAGCGUGGCAUCCUUGAUGGUGCUGUGGUCCACUUGGUGGUGAGGUCCCAUUUGAAGGGGUCAGCUGGUCUCGGAACUGUGCGGGUCUCCACAGGCCACUGCACCAGUCACUCUGGACCAUCUAGGGGCAAUGGGAUGGUAGCCAGGCUGAGCCGGCUGGUCCGGAGCUCACCUGAACUGGCUGACUUCCUUGGCCAGUUGGCUCAACUCCUGAUGGCUGCACCCGAGUCUGAGGUGCAGUUCUUAGAAGACCCUCUGGUUCAAGGCCUGGCAAGUGAGAAACCAGAUAAUGCCAGUCACAUUUCUGAAUCCUCAAGGGCAGGACAGAAAUCUGAGCCAGCUCCCAAGGCUCUAGACACAUUGCAGAGCCAAGCCCAGGAACAGGAGCUCCUGCAGGCAGACAAACAGGGGCUAGAGGCCUUGAAGGUAGUGUCAGGUGGUGACAAUGCUAUGCGUCCAGUUUGCUCUGACAUCCAGCAUCUCAUACUCUCCACUCUGGCCGCAUUGGCUACCUCCAAAGGCCACUGCCCAGGUUCAGAGCCUUGGAGAGGGGAGAUCAAGACUCACAGCAGUUCUGAUGCGGCUGCCACCAUCCCCACCACCUCUGCCCCUGCUAGGCCAUUGGUAUCAGAAGGCAGUACAGCAAUAAUCACCCAAGCCAGAGGCAUGGCAUCAGAGAAGGCUAAUUCCAGGUGCAGGACCAAUAUGCCAGACUUAAACUCAGGCCAGGAUCUUCCCUCCCAUUAUAGCCAGCAGUUCUCAGGGAAGGGCACUCUAACCAAUCAGCUGAGACCCUCACCCUCUGCCUUGUAUAGAGCCUUGCACAUCCUGCAGCAGAAUCCAACUCUGCUACACCAGCUGGCAACUGGCAGCCCCUUGAGACAUCCUAUGCCACUACUUCCCAUCCUUACCAAUCCACGAGCAUUGCAGGCAUUGAUCCAGAUAGAACAGGGCCUGCAGAUAUUGUCUAGAGAGGUGCCUGGGCUGGGACCCUACUUAUGGGGCCCAGGCAGUCCACGUGGGGCCAGAGGAGCCUUUGAAUUAAGGGGUAGAAGGCAGGGUCAUAGAGCAGAUCCUGUGCAACCCACCUUGACUGUUCUUCAGCUCCUCCACACACUAGCCAAUGCCUGCACCCUGUCUAUGCAAUCCUCACUUCCCCCAAAUCUCUUCACUGAAGGCUGUUACCAGCAAGAACUGGAGCAGCUGAAGGACAUGGGUUUUGCUAAUAGUGAUGCCAAUCUGCAGGCCCUGAAUGAAACAGGUGGAGACAUCCAUGCUGCCAUUGAAAGGCUGCUGGGGGUGCCACAGACCUAG